CUCGCCGCCCACAGUCGCAGCAUGCUCCAGCAGACCGCCAAGCCCAUGUCCAAGGGCGAGCUCCUCCCGCUCGUCACGCCGCCGUCGACGCCCAAGGCCGACGCGCCGUUCCCGCUGCUUGGGCUCAUCUUGAUCUCGUUUUCCGCCUUUACCUUUAGCCUCAUGUCGAGUGCCAUCAAGUAUGAGAGCUACUUCUUCUCGGCGAUGGAGACGGUGUUUUGGCGCUCCUGCUUUGCGUGGCUCAUCAACCUCUGCUUCGUGCUCUACUACAAGAUCGACCUCACGGUCGAAUACGAGAACCGGUUCAACCUCAUUGUGCGCAACGUCGCCGGGUUCCUCUCGAUGGCACUCUCGUUCUGGACCAUGUCCCAGCUCGUGCUCGCGGACGCCAGCGUCAUCAUCUUCACGAGCCCCGUCAUGACCUUCUUCCUCGGUGCGCUCCUCCUCAACGAGACGAUCGACGUGGUCAACUUUUUCUGCGCACUCUGCUGCUUUGGCGGCGUCGUCGUCGUCUCGCGCCCGACCUUUCUCUUCGGCGACGACCCGGACGCCGACCAAAAGAUCCUCGGCCCGUACGCGGCCUUCGCGGUCUGGACCGGCCUCCUCUCGGCCCUCAUGUCGGCGCUCGACUAUGUCUUCGUGCGCAAGCUCGUCGGCCUGCAUUUGCUGACGAUCGUACACUAUUUUUCGCUCUCGUGCAUGGCCGGCUCGGCACUCGCGAUGGUCCUCUGGCCCUCGAACGUGACCUUCGACCUCACUUGGGACCUCUGGCUCACGGCGAUUGGCAGCGGCGUCCUCGGCUUCCUCGGCCAAGUGUGCUUGACGAAGGGCUUCCAGCUCGAGUCGGUCGGCAUUGGCUCGGUCAUGCGCUACCUCGACAUCGUCUUCGUGUUCAUCUGGGACAUCCUCUUCCUCCACGAGUUCAUUAGCCCGCUCAGCAUCGUUGGCGCGGCCAUCAUCAUGACGUCGGCCAGCAUCAUUUGCCUGCGGCGGGCGCGCGUCACGUCGUCGGCCACGUCGCCGCCCAACAGCCCCUAAUAAUACAUCUUCGUCUUUCU